UCCAAUCACAGCUGAUCACAUGUAAAUAAGGAAAUGGGACAUGUACACUAAUCAUCAGUGUAGCCACAUCAGUACCAGCUGCCAGUGCCCAUCAGUGCCACAUUAUUGCCACAUAUCAGUGCCUACCAGUGCACAUCAAUGCCACAUAUCAGUGCCCAUCUGAGCUGCCAUUCAGUGCCACCUAUCAGUGUCAGUCAGUGCCACCUAUCAAUGCCAGUCAGUCACCUAUCAGUGCUGCCAGUCAGUGCCGCAUAUCAGUACCAGUCAGUGCUGCCUAUCAGUGCCGCCUAACAGUGCCAGCCAGGGCCACCUAACAGUGCCUAUCAGUG